GCAUCCAAAAGCGGAUCAAAUUUUUGGGACAUGGCACAAGGAAAUAAUUAUGGGCAAAGCAGCAAUGGGGUGGCUGAUGAAUCCCCAAACAUGCUGGUGUACAGAAAGAUGGAAGAUGUCAUAGCCCGCAUGCAAGAUGAGAAAAAUGGGAUUCCUAUUCGGACAGUGAAAAGUUUUCUUUCCAAGAUUCCCAGUGUCUUUUCUGGUUCAGAUAUUGUUCAAUGGUUAACGAAGAACUUAUCGAUAGAAGACCCAGUUGAAGCUCUGCAUUUGGGAACUCUGAUGGCAGCACAUGGCUAUUUCUUCCCAAUCUCAGACCAUGUUCUAACUCUGAAGGAUGAUGGCACCUUUUAUCGAUUCCAGACACCCUAUUUUUGGCCAUCAAAUUGUUGGGAGCCGGAAAACACAGACUAUGCUGUUUACCUCUGCAAGCGGACAAUGCAAAACAAAGCAAGGCUAGAACUAGCAGACUAUGAAGCUGAGAGUUUGGCCAGGCUACAGCGAGCUUUUGCUCGGAAAUGGGAGUUUAUUUUUAUGCAAGCUGAAGCACAAGCAAAGGUUGACAAGAAGAGAGACAAGAUAGAGAGGAAGAUUCUCGACAGUCAGGAGCGAGCAUUUUGGGAUGUGCACCGUCCGGUGCCUGGCUGUGUAAACACUACUGAAGUGGAUAUAAAAAAAUCUUCAAGAAUGAGAAAUCCACAUAAAACAAGAAAGUCUGUCUAUGGCUUACAAAAUGACAUUCGAAGUCACAGCCCUACGCACACGCCAGUGCCAGAGACUAAGCCACCCACAGAAGAUGAACUACACCAAGAGAUUAAGCACUGGCAAAUGCAAUUAGACAGACAUAGAUUAAAAAUGUCAAAAGUUGCAGAGAGUCUAUUAGCUUAUACAGAGCAGUAUUUGGAAUAUGAUCCUUUCCUUGUGCCCCCUGAUCCCUCAAACCCUUGGAUAUCAGAUGACACCACUUUCUGGGAACUGGAGGCAAGCAAAGAGCCAGGACAGCAGAGGGUGAAACGAUGGGGAUUUGGCAUGGAUGAAGCUUUGAAAGACCCUGUGGGAAGAGAGCAGUUUCUGAAAUUCUUGGAGUCAGAAUUCAGUUCAGAAAAUUUAAGGUUCUGGUUAGCAGUAGAAGACCUGAAGAAGAGGCCAAUCCGUGAAGUUCCUGCUCGCGUCCAAGAAAUCUGGCAAGAAUUCCUUGCUCCAGGUGCACCCAGCGCCAUCAACCUAGAUUCAAAAAGCUAUGACAAAACCACUCAGAAUGUGAAGGAACCUGGGAGAUACACAUUUGAAGACGCUCAGGAGCACAUUUACAAACUGAUGAAAAGUGAUUCUUAUCCUCGUUUUAUACGAUCCAGUGCCUACCAGGAGCUGCUACAGGCCAAGAAAAAGGCUGGAAGCCCACAUUCCUUUUUCCGAGGAGCCAGGAGCCACCUUGAACCGGGGAACUUCUGUAGCGCUUUGAGAGUAACCAUUCACAAAGACCUUACAGCUCUGAACUACAGCACGCACAAAGAACACUUUUUUUCUAACAACUACAAAAUGCUGCAAUAAGCUUUGCUCCAAUGAAACCUCUAUUAAUGGUAGUGGAGAUUGGUAUGCCAGUGACUAAGGAUUUGACUAUCAGAUAAUUGCAAUUAUAUGUUCUUUCCAGAACAACUUGCAUUAUUUAAGAAGAAAAACAAACUCCAAGCAAGCUGGUCAGAGGUUUUGAAAUAUUCAGAUGCAGAGCUCCAAGCUUUAGCCACUGGGGUAGAGUGCAAAGUGCUGCUAAGCAGGCAAUAGGCUCAGGAUUUAUUUCAGUGACUGAACUUACAAAUACAGAAAGUUCACAGAAAAGCCUGCUCUUGUGAACUUUCAACCAGCAUUUGCAAACUAAGAACCCAUAGAUUACUUAUAUAAUAAAUGGAUGCAUAUCUGUCCAAAUGUUUAAUAAAGAUACUAUGUGAGAAGCAUGUAACAAGUAAUUUUCCUCUGCAGUAACAAUAUAUUUUUUGCAUUGUAUACAGGAUAGUCACAAUAGCAGUUUCAAUCUUUUGAAGCUUCUAUGUUCAGAAGAUGAUAUUUUGACAACAAUUAUACCCAAAAUGCAGGUAUUAGAAUAAGAAUUUUCAGGUCAGAUGAGACUAAAAUUUGGUAAUGACUGAAUUCUCUUUGUUAUAUGCACCAUUUAAACAAGACCUUGAUACUUAAAAGUUAACUGAACUGUGCAGUAUGAUCCAGUAAAACCUGUUUUUAUAAGUGCUCUUUGUACCCUGGAAGACAUGGGGAUGGUGACACUAUUGAUUUUCAAAGGCCAGCUCACCUGUUUCUGGUUACUUUGGCUAAUGGAGUGUGCGUGGCCUGGAAGGGAGAGCCCUGUUUGGCCACGGUUGCCAUGCACCCUUGCCUGCUCUCUCUGGCUCCCCUGUGAAGCGCUCAUCAAGUGCACACGAGUUACAUCCACACCAGCACAGCCACAGUGAUUUUCAUUUCCCCGUUGCUCCCAGAGGCAUGAACACGAGGUCCAGCCCAAGGCUGACACUUACUGCCCUAUGGCCAGCACAGCUGGCUCCACGUCUGGAAGUCUGGUAAGAUGAGUUGAAAGUCCUGUUUCUUCCACGUGCACU